GUCUGGGCCAAACACAGUUCAGCGCCACACGCUCGGAGCAGAGAGCCGCAGCUGUCCGUCCGACACGAAACAAACUCUGCUGACUGGAAGAAGACUCUGAACUCGACUUUUAGGAAGUCUUUACCUGCGUACACCUGAGAAGGAAAGGCCUCAAGUCUCGCGUGAAGUGCAUCUCCCGCGGUCUCUUCUGCUUGGAGUGAGCUAGCUUAGCCUGUUAGCCUAGCAGGACAACCAGUCACCCGCGUCCGUCCGUGCGGGACUCUUUCUGUCCACCCUCAGGAGACAAACCCACGGAGCUGCACCAGAACUGAUCCACACUUUGACUUCAACCCGCAGCUGCACGAUCCGGAUCCGAACUCGACUUUUGCACGUCAAGUUUCAACGAAACGGCAACAAAACACAACCUGCAAAAACAAGGAAGUGUGAAUGAAGUGUGCUGCCAGCUAGCACCUAGCCUGCCCUGCAGCUCAGACUGUGCAGAGUCCUGCAGAGUCUCUUAUUGAGUAUCUGUGGAAACAAAUCAGCCUGUAGUUGAUAUUCUGACUGUUCUCUACCGGAAACAGUCUGCUGGUGUUCUUUCUUUUCUCCUUAAACUUAUAAAAUAAUAAAAUAAAGAUGAUUCCGGAUAAAGCGCCGAAGGAAAACGUCUUCCACGGGUCUGAAGACCUGAAGGAAGAGGCUCACAUCUCCAGCUUUGAGAAGUAUAAAGAGCUCUACCUGAGAUCUAUAGAGAACCCGGAUGAGUUCUGGGGAGACAUCGCCAAAGACUUCUUCUGGAAGACCAAACACACGGGUCCGUUCCUCGACUACAACUUCGACGUGACCAAAGGAGAAAUAUUCAUUAAGUGCAUGGACGGCGCCACCACCAACAUCUGCUACAACGUGCUCGACCGCAACGUCCACGAGAGGAAACUGGGCGACAGAGUGGCCUUCCACUGGGAAGGCAACGAGCCCGGGGAUGAGCUGACGGUGACGUACAGAGAGCUGCUGCAGAGGGUCUGCCAGUUUGCAAACGUGCUGAAGUGUCAGGGAGUGAAGAAGGGCGACCGCGUGUCCAUCUACAUGCCCAUGGUGGUGGACCUGGUGGUCGCCAUGUUGGCCUGCGUCCGCAUCGGAGCGGUUCACUCCAUAGUGUUUGCUGGUUUCUCUGCGGAGUCUCUGUGCGAGAGGAUCAUGGACUCGCAGUGCUCGCUGCUCAUCACAGCAGGUGGGUGUCACACUGAGGGAACGCAGCAGUGCAGGGUUUGUUUUGAAUCUGUGCACAGAAAAUGACUCUUGUUAAUCUCAGUACUGGAGAUUUGA